AAUCUUUUACGGAAGUUGAUGCAGAUUUCCAUGCUAGAAUACCAGUGGUGGUGUGCAGAGAAAAGCAAAGUGGCCUUAUUUGUAAAGUGAGUGCCGGGAAUGAGAAUGCUUGUCUGACAACAAAUCAUUUGGCUACACUUGGAAAACUGGAACCUACUGUAGUACCUUUAGUGAUUGCCUUCAGGUACUGGGCAAAGUUGUGCCGUGUUGAUCGUCCUGAAGAGGGAGGCUUGUCACCUUAUGUGUUCGCUUUAAUGGUUAUUUUCUUUCUACAACAGAGGAAAGAGCCUUUUCUACCUGUCUAUUUGGGAUCAUGGAUUGGAGGAUUUUCAUUAAACAAAUUAACUAAUUUUCAUCUGAAAGAAGUUGAGAAUGAUGCUGUGGUUUGGGAGCAUAACCCCAUUGAUGAUUCUGAUUUGCCACAAGAAACUUCCCCUAGAAGGGGCAAGGUUCCCUUAGUAUUUGGUUCAGGACAGCAGUGUUCAGCAUCUGCUGGUCAGCUCUGGGUAGAACUGCUUCGUUUCUAUGCCUUGGAGUUCAAUAUGGCUGAUUUGGUUAUUAGCAUACGACUCAAAGAAACAGUGUCUCGUGAAUCAAAGGACUGGCCUAAAAAGCGCAUUGCUGUGGAAGACCCAUAUUCAGUCAAAAGGAAUGUGGCAAGAACUCUGAACAGCCAGCUAGUGUAUGAGUACAUUCUUCACUGCCUGAGAGCAACUUACAAGUAUUUUGCGUUGCCUCACAAAAAAAGUGCAAAAGUGAGCAAAAAAUCCUCCCCAAAUGCCGGUGAGGAGAAAUCCCAAAUGCUGGACCAUGAAAAAGAUGCUAUAAAGCAUGAAAAUUCUGAGUUGCAAAACUUGGAUGGUAGAACAAACACAGCCGUAGUGGAAGAUUGCAUAAUGGAGACUACAGGUACACCCCAGGCACAUAGAAUUGAUUCUUCAAAACUGUGUGAUGGCUCAGAAAGCUUCACAGAAGAAGAACUGGCUGAUGAUAUAAAUCAUUUGGGAAUUGCCCAUGAAGAUUCAGACUGUAUAAUUGAGGAAGUUGUUUCUGGAGAUAAUGAGGAUUUUAAACCAAGUUGUGAAGAGACAGAGAGUGGAAAUGAAGAGGAAGAGGAGGAGGAAGAGGAAGAACAUGAACAACAAAAAAGAAGAUGGAAUAAUAUCCUGACUACUGAGCAGGGAAUAGAUGAAGAAAGUGAUAGUGGAGAUCUCCCUGUUACAGUGAAUGAGCAUGAUAUAGAGACAUGUAGUACUUCAGACUUAGAAGGUUUUCAAAAUGUUGCACUUACAGAGAGUGAUGAGUUUGGCUUAGAGUGUGGUGGUAUAAUGGAUGGCAAGAUUGACAUUGAUGAGGAGAGCACUGAAGGUACUGAUGAAGUGGAUGAGUCGCCCAAAAAAUUUGUGUGUUCAGCUCAGAGUCAAAUAUCCCAAAUGAUUAACUCAGAUGAUGAGGAGGAAGAGGAGGAAGAACCAAGUCUUCUAAACCAGAGAAACUGUGGUGUUAUCAUAAGAUCUGGAGAUGAACUAGGUAACACAUACACUGGAUCUGGAGAUGAUGAUGCACUGUCAGAGGAAGAAGAAGAUUUCUCCAUCCCAAAUAAAUACGAGGACAAACGUUUUGAAGAAAAUGUGGAUGGACCUCUCAGGAUCAAUUUGAGUCAAGACGAUCUUACUGAAAAACGAAGCAUUUUUGAAGAGAACACAGCAAUAGAACAGUGUUUAGAAUCUGAACUCUUUUAUGAAUUCAGUAAACCAGCUUUUACAAAGGGCAAGUCUCCCACAGUAGUAUGUAGCUUGUGCAAACGGGAAGGUCACUUAAAGAGGGAUUGUCCAGAAGACUUCAAGAAAAUUGAGCUUGACCCACUGCCAGCGCUGACACCCAAAUUUUCAGUUAUUCUAGAUCAAGUUUGUGUCCAAUGUUACUAUGAUUUUGCUCCAAAUAUUGUAGAGGAUCAGGCUCGGGAACAUAUAAGACAAAACUUGGAAAACUUCAUUAGACAGGAUUUCCCAGGAACCAAGCUGAAUUUGUUUGGCUCCUCAAAAAAUGGCUUUGGCUUCAGACAAAGUGACCUUGAUAUCUGUAUGACAAUGGAUGGGCUGGAAACUGCUGAGGGACUUGAUUGCAUCAGAAUCAUUGAAGAUUUAGCAAAAGUUCUCAAGAAACAGUCAGGUUUAAGAAAUGUCUUGCCUAUAACAACUGCUAAAGUCCCGAUUGUCAAAUUUUUCCAUGUCAGAAGUGGUCUUGAAGUGGACAUCAGUUUGUAUAAUACUCUGGCCUUGCAUAACACAAGACUCCUGUCAUCAUAUGCAGCCAUUGAUCCUAGAGUAAAAUAUCUGUGUUACACAAUGAAAGUCUUUACGAAGAUAUGUGACAUUGGAGAUGCAUCUCGAGGUAGCCUUUCUUCUUAUGCAUAUACUCUUAUGGUGCUUUAUUUUCUUCAACAGAGAAAUCCACCGGUCAUCCCUGUUCUUCAAGAGAUCUACAAAGAACCAAAAAAGCCUGAAAUUUUAGUUGAUGGCUGGAACGUUUAUUUCUUUGAUAAGAUAGAGGAGUUGUCAGUUGUUUGGCCAGACUGUGGCAAAAACACUGAAUCUGUUGGGCAACUGUGGCUCGGACUUCUCCGUUUCUACACAGAAGAAUUUGAUUUUAAAGAGCACGUCAUCUGCAUUAGGAGAAAAAAUCUACUUACAACUUUCAAGAAGCAGUGGACCUCCAAAUACAUUGUAAUUGAAGACCCCUUUGAUUUGAACCACAAUCUUGGAGCUGGAUUGUCAAGAAAAAUGACAAAUUUUAUAAUGAAGGCUUUUAUCAAUGGCAGAAGGGUAUUUGGUACCCCUGUAAAAAUAUUUCCUAAAGAAUAUUCAUCAAAAAUGGAGUACUUUUUUGAUCCAGAGGUACUAACGGAAGGAGAAUUGGCACCAAAUGAUAGAUGCUGCAGAAUUUGUGGUAAAAUUGGCCAUUUCAUGAAAGAUUGUCCCAUGAGAAGAAAACUAAGACGGCGUCGUGAUUACGAAGAAGUCAAAAACCAGAGGUACACAGAAAGCAAGGAGAAAAGAAGCAAAGAGGACAAAGAAACUCAGAAUAAAACAACAGAAAAGGAGAGCUCAAUCAAGGAAGGAAAGUUGCAUCUAUGUACACCUCAGAAGAGAAAACUAGCAAGGGUAAUAGUGGAAACUGGAAGAGAAAAGACACCCAGGCAGUCAGCAGAGAAGUGGAAGCGCCUAGAAGACAGAGACUUAAGAGAAAAACGUUGUUUUAUCUGUGGAAGAGAAGGUCAUAUUAAAAAGGAAUGCCCACAGUAUAGAGGAGCUGCAGGUGGUUCAAAACCAGAAGUGUUGUGUGGAUCCCCUUCUUUGCCCAGCACUGCCAAACAUGCUGGCAGAUUAAAUCAGGGAAUGCUUAUACAUGAAGAAAAAAAGAAACAAAAAGGAAAAGUAUUUUUGAGUCCCCAGUCAGGCAGCCUUUCCAAUAAAUACAUGACUCAGGGAAAAGCCUCACAGAAGAGGACCCACCAAGAAUCAUGA